CUGCCCAUUAAAUGCAGACUGUGGCAAAGGGACUCAUUGUUUUUCAUGCAUUCGGGGGGGUGAAUUAAUACCCGAAUGUGUUAGAUCUGCCGCUACAAAUCCGUUCACCCUACUUAACAACUCUCUACCAUUUAACAAAUAUGCGUUCUUGACUACCCAUAACGCACGCAUUCGCAAUUACCGGCACGCUAUUUCAUCAAGGUCUUCUCAAUGUGGCUCCUAGAAAUCAAGAAGACAGUGUCGCUCAGCAGCUCAUUAAUGGAGUUCGCGGAUUAAUGCUUGACGUGUACGACUUUGAAAAAGACAUUUGGUUAUGCCAUUCUAGGAACGGAGAAUGCCAUGACUUUGCUGCUUUUAGACCAGCAAUAGACACAUUGGUGGAAAUUGAAGUUUUCUUAUCAGCAAAUCCUUCAGAAAUUGUUACAAUAAUUUUGGAGGAUCACGUUCAAACCCCUAAUGGAUUGAAAGGGGUUUUUACAAAGGCAGGUCUGAUGAAAUACAUGUUUCCCGUAAAAAAUAUGCCCAAAAACGGUGAAGAUUGGCCUCGUGUUAGUGACAUGGUUACUCAUAAUCAUAGGCUUGUCGUCUUCACUUCUGUCGAAUCCAAGGAGCAAACUGAAGGGAUUGCAUACCAGUGGAACUACAUGGUUGAAAACAAAUAUGGAGAUGAGGGACUUGAGGGAGAAUGCACGAACCGGGUCAAUUCAUCCGCUCUAAAUGACAAAACUAAAGCACUAGUUUUGGUAAACCACUUUAGGACCAUACAAGCUCUCAAACCACAUUUGAUGAUGGCUUGUGUAGAUAACUCAGAACCGCUACUCACUAUGCUUGAAGCAUGCGCUCUUGCUGCGGGUCAACGUUAUGCUAAUUUUUUGGCAGUUGAUUUUUACAAGAUGAGUAAAGGAUCCGGAGGAGGAGCAUUUGGAGCCGUGGAUAAGCUCAAUGGAGAACUAUUAUGUGGUAAAGAUGAUGUGCACUCUUGCAAAGUACACUGAAACAUUUCAAGAAUACACUUCAAUAUGCCAAAGUGAAGAUGUAACAAAAUAUUGAUAAGUUAAAGUAUGUUUUCAACUUAAUUAAAGUAUGUUGUAUGACAUUUCAAGCGUUUAUUACAGACUUACAGUAAUAAAUGACACUUCAAUAUUGAUAAAUAUUGUUACUA